CUUAAGUAGAGUAGUAGACACAAGCCCUCAUAUAAAUACAUAAACUAUAUGUAGUAAACAAAUACAUAUUUGAUUUCUAGUAAUUGUUUAAUCCCAAGUAUGGUGAUUUUAAUCAUAAAUUUUUAUAAAAAAUUUCUCCAGCUUUAUACAACGACCAGACUGUUUUGGAUUGUUGUUAUAGGCAUCUCAUGUUGGAAUAUGACAGUAAUUUGUAUUUUAAUGUUAAAAAGGUUUCUUUCCGAUUCUAUAAGUAUAAGCGUCGAAACUUCAUUUCUACACUGGAACAUUACGUUCCCAUCUGUAUCAAUUUGUUUAUCUAAAAGUCGGUCCAAUGUGGAAAUUAUGCGCUUUCUGAAUGAAAAGAAUAUUAAUUACAUAAAAAAUAUUCAUAAUUAUUUAUUCAUCACACCGACUAACAUUAAUACCAAAGAGGAUUACUGCAGGGCCUUUAACUCAACAUGUGGAGUAAAUAUUCAUAUUGCAAGAAAACAAUUACUUACACAAUUCUGCGAAUCCAUUAUAACAGAUAUCACAUUUUUGGAACAUAAACAACACAACUGCGCCAAAAUAUUUAAAUUUCAUGAUCUUGAAAUGGGUUAUUGCUUUCUAGCCAAUAAUUUUAUGGAUUAUCGCAAUUUAGAUGAGUUGCCGUUACGACUUAGCCCGUUUGAAGCGAAAAAAUCAUUAAAAUUUUUUCUAAAACAAGAAUCACUUUGGAAAUACGAGAUGUAUGUACAUAGCAACGUGGAUAUACCAUACUUCGGGUUACUUUCACAAACUUUAGGGCAGGAUCAUAUAAGAUAUACUUAUAAUAUGGAAGAAAUGCUAAAUAGCUUGACAGUAAAUGAUGAAAGCUUUGAAAAAAGAAAAUGCAAGUUUCCACACGAAAUAAUCUAUGGAUCCACUUAUCAAUACAGUUUUUCAACAUGCAUGUCUGAUCUCAGAGUUAUUUUGGAGUUAAAAUACUGUAAUUGCACAUUAUUCACAUCUCCGAUAAGAUAUUUCAAUUAUUUUUGUGAUUUUCGAGGAAUGACAUGUAUAUCUAAAGGUCUAACGAAAUUAAAAAAAUAGCUCGUCCAAGCUUUGCACUAGUAGAAGUUGAACUAAAAAAUGUUCCCUCACUUCGUUGUGUAAGAAGUGUUACGCAAUCUUAUCAAGAUUUGGUUGUUUCAGCCGGAGGUGUCAUUGGUCUUUUUAUCGGAAUAUCCAUUUUAAGUGUAAUUGAUAUUAUAUAUCUUUGUUUAAAAAAACUGUAGAUACGUACUUAUAUUCUUAAUAAUAAGAAUUAUUUCAAACAUUUUAUAAAUAUGAAAUA